AUGGAUUGUGUACUCACGGGUCUCCAGGGUGUUGAAUUAUUCGUUUAUAUGGAUGAUAUUGUGGUUUAUGCUUCUUCAUUGGAAGAACAUUCUAAGAAAUUAAUAACUCUUCUUGCUCGAUUAAAAUCUGCUGGACUGGCUCUCCAGCCUGAGAAGUGUCAUUUCCUUAAGCGAUACUAUAGGCGAUUUAUUUCUGAUUUCGCAAGAUUAUCGAAACCUCUGACCUUGCUUCUCAAAGACGAUGUUGAAUUUAUUUGGACUUCUAUCCAACGGGAAGCUUUUGAAAUUCUCAGAGAUAAAAUAUGUACUGAGCCGAUAUUACAGUACCCAGAUUUCAAGAAACCAUUUGUUUUGACCACAGAUGCGUCAAAUGACGCACUUGGUGGAGUUUUAAGUCAGGGUCAUUUAGGACAAGACUUACCUAUCGCUUUUGCAUCACGCACCCUUCAAAGUGCUGACUUAAACUAUUCUACUAUCGAAAAAGAAUUACUAUCCAUUGUUUUCAAUGUGAAACAUUUUAGGCCGUACCUUUUUGGACAGAAUUUUACUUUAGUAACAGACCACCGACCCUUAGUUUGGUUGCAUGGGCUGAAAGAUCCUGUUUCAAGAUUAACUCGAUGGAGAAUAAAGCUAAGUGUGUAUGAUUACACUAUUGUGUAUAAAGCCGGAAAAAUCAACUCAAAUGCUGACGCUCUGUCGAGAAACCCCUCAGAAAGAAACGAAUCCAUAAGGCCAAAUGCUAACUUAACUGCUACCAUUACUACAGGUCGUACGUAUGUAGGUAUGGUUGACGCUUGUAGAAAUGACGAUGGCAAUGGAGAUCUGGGGGUAGUAUUGAAACGGUUAUUUUGUAUGACUCUCGUAGAAAAAGAAAAAGAAAUUGAGGGUGAAACUCAAUGGAAUAAACAGGGACCUCGUUAUCAGUGCGAUAAGCUUCACAAUGAAAGCAUACUCAAACUGGGAGGGGAUAGGCAGUUAUUUAGGAUCAUAAAGAUUCAAUCAACUGCAUAUCACCCCCAAAGUUUAGGAUCUCUAGAGAGGAGUCACCAGACAUUGGUAGAGUAUUUAAGACAAUUUGAAACUACCACAAAUUGGGAUGACGGGCUCCGUUUCGCAGUGUUCUCCUAUAACACUAGUAUUCACGAAGCAACUGGCUUCGCCCCCUACACCCUAGUUUUUGGAAAGGAAGCUCUAAUCCCUAAUAGUUUCACCCUAUCACAACAAGAAGAAACAUACUUAGGAUAUUUAAAGAAUCUGUGUCUCAAGCUCGAUAACGUUCACGCUGUAGCUAAGGAUCAACUUCAAUUAGCUAAAGAAAGGUCGAAAAAGUACUACGAUCACAAAGCAAACCCAAAACACUUCAAAAAAGGUGAAAAUGUGAAUUUAAAGGAAACUGGAAUGGUUACCCUUUGCGCGAAAGAACCAGGUUCUAAGAAUGCUAGGUCCAUCAUUGGACUCAUAGUCAUCUGA